AUGUGUUUGCGAGAUACUGCAGAGCUCGUGGAUUGGACACACUUUACAUCGGCGGGAGGCACGGAUGAGUACGGUACCACAACUGAAGCCAGAGCGCUGCCUGAGAAGUGUACACCAAAGGAACUUUUGCGACAACUGCAAACAGACAUCACCCAAGAUAUUUUCCUGAAGUUGCGAGACAACGGCUUCUUGAAAGAGCGCAUCACCACCCAACUGUAUUGCGAGCAGCACCAGUCAUUUCUCGCGGACCGCUUCGUUCAGGGUGAAUGCCCCGUCUGCGGAUAUGAGGAUGCCCGCGGCGAUCAGUGUGGCCUCUGCGGACAGCUUCUUGAUACUUUGCAGCUCAAGAACCCGCCGCUGCAAGGUAGACGGCGCGCCAAGCCUAUCACCAAAGACACAAACCACAUCUUUCUGGAACUGGACAAGCUACAACCCGAGGUGGAAGCCUUCUUCAAAGAGUCUGCCUCCAAGGGCUCUUGGUCUCGCAACAGCCAAGUCAUCACUUCUGCUUGGCUCAAGCAAGGACUCAAGCCCCGUAGCAUCACUCGAGAUAUCAAGUGGGGGACAGCCGUGCCGCUGCCUGGCUACGAGGAUAAAAUCGUCUACUCGUGGUUCGAUGCUUGUAUCGGAUACGUUUCCAUCACAGCUGCCUACACGGAUCAGUGGGAGCAGUGGUGGCGCAGUCCGAACGUGGAGCUCUAUCAAUUCAUCGGCAAGGGACAAUACGAUCUUACUUACGAAGGAGGGAAGUUUUCAAAAUCACGCGGUAUUGGCGUCUUUGGCGAUUCGGCCCGCAAGACAGGCGUCCCGUCCGAUAUCUGGCGCUCCUUCUUACUCUCACAUCGACCAGAGACCGGCGACACUGAUUUCACUAACAACUUGCUGCUCAAAAACUUGGGCAACUUUGUUAGCCGCGUUCUGAGAUUCAUCAACUCGCACCGAUAUGUGGACAUGGUGCCCAACUGGGAGGAACAUUCCGACGUCUCCUUGACGGGUUUCCAGAAAAACAUCAAUCAACUCUUGGCACAGUACAUGCAAGAUCUCGAUGCCGUCAAAAUGCGCUCUGCGCUCGCCACCGUUCUUUGGAUAUCACAAGAGGGCAACAUUUUCCUCCAGUCCAGCAGACUCGACAACUCACUCGCAGAGAGCGAACCGUUGAAGUGCGCAGCUGUCAUCGGAGUUGCUGUUAACGUCGCCCAUCUUCUCGCGUCCCUGCUUGCACCAUUCAUGCCCGACACCGCGAAAUCCAUCAGCUCGCAGCUUGGCGCCGAUCUGCUGCCCAUUCCUAGCGAGUGGUCGCCGGGCUCCAUCGCGCCGGGCCACAGGAUCAAUAAAUCGCAACACCUCUUCAGUCGGAUCAAGCCCGAGACGGCGGGAGAGUGGCGGAAACUGUUUGGUAGCGACGAGGUCGCGAAGCUAACGAUGGAAGAAGCGACCCUGAAAGCCAGAAAAAGGGCGGCGGUGAAGGCUGCCAGGAAUAUUGGGGGAAAUGAAAGCGGCGAGGCUGUGGAGAAUGAAGCCUCAAUCGAGCUUGCAGCGGGUACGGAUCAGCUACAGCUGCAGUGA